UAAAGUACAGCACAUGAAUAAAUAAAAUAAAUAAUAAAAAACAUUAAAAAUAAGAAGCCAUAAUAAAUUUUUUGAUUUAGAUUUUUAGAAUAUUUUUUUAAAGUGCUGAAUAAAUUUCUCGCGUGAGAACUCAUCCCACGCUCAUCACAUAGAGCGAGUACGUGGAAACACAGAGGAUGUGGCUAGACGGCUGCAGACCUUAACCACAGGGGUCCCGUACUGAGCCCACGGCGUUAUAUAAGGGCCGCCCUCACACCUCAGAGACAGCAGCUUCAGGACCGCCGCCAUGACGACACACGCUCUGCUUCUUCAUCUCCUGACUGGCCUCACACUCCACGCCCUCGGGAGCGAGAUCAUAAAUGGCCGGAACGUCCCGGAGAACAUGAUGGCGUACAUGGCCUCGGUGCAGAAAGACGGACGCCACGUGUGCGGAGGAUUCCUCAUCAGCGAACACUUUGUGGUCACGGCGGCGCACUGCCACAAGUCGAAUCUCAGCGUUGUUCUCGGUACGCACAACCUCCGGAAGGUUGAUAAUAACACGAUGAGAUACGACGUGAAGACCUGCAAGUAUUCCUCGUACGUGAGCGUCAGAGGAGGCCAUGACAUCAUGCUUCUCAAGCUGUUCAGGAAAGCUCGACUGGGCAAAAGAGUAAAAAAGAUUCAACUCCCGAGCGUCGAGAUGAAGAUAAAGGAUAAAUCAAAGUGCCGCGUGGCCGGAUGGGGCUUCACGAGAACCGACGGGAAAACCGUCAACGAGCUGAAGGUGGUGGACGUGCCCAUCGUGAGCCCCGAGGUCUGUAAGGGGAAAUGGGGAAAUGAUCUACCUGCCAAUGUGCUCUGUGCCGGUGGAUAUGGCACCAACAAAGGAUUCUGUCAGGGGGAUUCCGGGGGCCCACUGGUGUGCGGCGGGAAAGCUGCAGGUGUCGUGUCUUUCAAUCUUAACAGCGACUGCAGCUAUCCAAAUAAACCCAACGUCUACACAAAGGUAUCCAAAUACCUCGCCUGGAUCAAAAAGAUUCUCAAGGAGAAUGAUUGUUGAAUGUCAGAAUUCAGCGUGCCUUCCUUGUCCUCUGUUGACAUCUUUAAACUCACUUUUAUAAAAUUGCCUUUUUUUAACAGAGGACAUUCUUUAUGCGUUAUAUAUGUUGUAUAAUACUGGUCUGGGUACACCUUUUGAAUUUUAAAUCUUGGUGUUUUUUUGCUUUUAAGAGUGCUCAAUAAACACAACAUUUUAUUCCGAAAGGUAUUGUAAGGCUGUAUUGAAGAUGCCAUGUCGCAGUUUGUUAUACACAUCAAAUAAAAAAAAUGAUGUCAAAUGCUGUAUUUUAAUGACUGUGGUUAUACAAAAAGUUAUAUGGAAGAGGUUUAUUUCCA